GUCGACGGGAAAGUAAAAAAAAGAGGAAGAGAAUAAAACUCAGAGGAGACGAAGAUGAGAACCGGAAAAGCAAAUCAAGAGGACGAUGAUUACGGCGGCGAAGAGGAUUUCAGCUCCAAACGCGAAGGUCCUUCUGCCAACACCGUCAGAGAUGUGAAGGAAAAUGAAAAGGCAAGUGCGAUACGUUCUAAGCAUUCAGUGACUGAGCAGAGGAGGAGAAGCAAAAUCAAUGAAAGGUUUCAGAUUUUAAGAGAAAUCAUUCCCAACAGUGAACAGAAGAGAGAUACUGCUUCCUUCCUUUUAGAGGUCAUAGAUUACGUCCAGUAUCUACAAGAGAAGGUGCAAAAGUAUGAAGGAUCAUAUCCUGGAUGGGGUCAGGAACCAACUAAGUUGACUCCUUGGAGGAAUAAUCACUGGCGAGUUCAGAGUUUAGCGAACCAUCAAGUUGCUGUAAAUAAUGGAUCUGUUCCGGUGAUACCAUUUCCUGGAAAGUUUGAGGAAAACACUCUAGUCUCUUCCGCACCUGCAAUUGUUGCAGAAAUGCAAAACCCUGUUGAGUCUGACCAAGUUAGAGUUUACAAACCAAUAGACAGUCAUCACGAGUUAGACGACAACAAGGAGUUACCAGCUGUACAACCAAUCCAUCCAUUUGUACACGGGGAACUAGCUAAUAGUGAAUGCCCUGCAACAAGUGAUGGGGCAGGGCAAGGUAAUAAUGACCUGAUUAUUGAAGGUGGAACCAUUAACAUCUCUACUGCCUACUCGCAUGAGCUAUUGAGCUCAUUAACACAAGCACUCCAGAACGCAGGCGUUGAUCUGUCGCAUGCUAAGCUUUCUGUGCAGAUCGAUCUUGGGAAGCGAGCCAAUCAAGGACAAACACAGAACGACCCAUCCAAUAAGAACCCGUCACAAUCUGAUAUUGAAGACGCUACACGAUCAAGAAGCGUUGAGGGAGAAUCUGAACAUGCUCAUAAGCGGAUGAAAACACUGUGA